AUGCGUGGUGAAUAUGAUGCACAUCUUCAAUGGCCAUUUAAACUUAAAGUAACAUUUUCUUUAAUUGAUCAAUCAACAACGAAUGAUAAACGAUAUCAUAUUGAUCAAUUUUGUUGGCCUGAUUCAACCGACAUAUGUUUUCAACGUCCUACAACCGAUAUGAAUACCGCGUAUGGUAUUUCAAGGUUUUGUCUUCUUGAUCUAUUUAGACAAAAGCGAAAUUGUUUUGUUCAAAAUGAUACAAUGUUUAUUAAAGUUGAAGUUGAUCUUUUAAGUGAAAGGUCAAGCUUACCAUUGAGAGUUGGUGCAGGUCAAUUACCCAGUGAUGAUGAACACGUUGAUACAAAGGAUGACGAUCUACUGCGUAUCAUUUGUCGUGACGAUGCAUAA